UUGUGGAGCCCAGUCCAGACAAACCCUCGAAGCUGAACAAUCCAGGACGUUGUUCUCACCUGAUCUGGUUUCUUCUUGGCUCACCUUCAGCUUGAGGCCGCGUGUCGCACAGCCUAAAUCCGGCACGCUAUUCGAAGAACUCAGCUCCUCUUUCUCCCGUCUUCACGCCGCUCGAGGACGAUCCGGCGAAGCGCGCAGGAACGUUGACGUCAUUUUCUACUGUACCUUACUGACGUCACGUGUUCAUCUUGUCUCGCUCCCAAUACCCAUUCCGCCGCUCUUCGAAGAAAGAAGAUCAAGGUAACAUGGCGCCGAAAAAGUACGGGCGUGUCUCGAGAACAUCAGCCCUGCUCAUUCCCGGUGGCCUCGUUCAUCCCCACGUUCAUCUGGACAAAUGUUACUUGCUCCAGCAGACACCGAUUGGCGAUGGCUCAUUUCCUGAGGCUCUUGCCAAGACUGGCGAAGCCAAAGCCAAAUUUACCCACGAAGAUCUUAUAGCUCGUGGAGACCGCCUACUGAAAGCGUCUCUUCAACAUGGCAUUACUACGGUGCGAGCGCACGUCGAGGUGGAUCCUGCUGUGGAUACAAAGUGUCUGGAAGCAGGCCUCGAGCUGUGUCAAGCGACAUCAGACCAUCUGGACGUGAAACUUGUCGCAUUUGCCCAGGAUCCGCUUUUUUACCCUGAGAACCAGGACCGGCAAGCUAAGAUGCAACAUCUCUUCAAAAUCGAUGUUAUCUCGCUCCUUAUGUUGAAUCGGAACCACAUCACAGCGGUAGGGUCAACCCCAUACGUCGAGAAGACCCGCGAGCUCGCCCUACGCAACAUCGAUUUCAUCAUUGACCUUGCCAGAGCCAACUUGCUCGACGUGGAUUUUCAUCUAGACUACAAUCUGGACAGCGAACAGCAGCCGACAAUCUUCUAUGUCCUCGACCGGGCUCGAUCCGUUGCCUUCGAGGGCAGGAUCACCAUCGGACACGCGACCAGGCUCUCGCUCUUUUCACAAGAAGAGUGGGAUCGCCUAGCUCGCUCCUGUAAUGGCCUUGAUGUGGCUUUUGUCGCGUUACCGCCGAGCGAUCUGUAUAUGCAAGGGCGGGAUUAUCCUUAUGCAAAGAGGAGCAGAGCUUCACUCCCGGUUCUGGAGCUAGUCAAGCGCAACAUUCCCGUCUCCAUGGGUGUCAACAAUGUUGGCAAUCUCUUCACACCUCAAGGUGACGCGGAUCCCAUGGAUCUUUUGCCUCUCGCCGUCGCGCUCUGGCAAUCUGCCACGCCCACCCACCUCGAAGCUUUCCUCUCAAUGGUCUCGACAGCUGCUGCCCACGCCGCCGGCGCACGCAUCCAGCAACCUGAGCGGGUCGAUGCCAGGCUCGUCGAUUUUGAAAUCGACGAUGACAAUGUUGUCCGUAUCUUCUCCGGCCAGGCGCUUGCCUCGCAUUGCGAGACCUUUACCCUUUUACCUCGCUGCCAAUCAGUCCAAGAAGCAGUCUUAUCGCCGCCCAGGUCCCGCAUCGCUGUCGUCCACAACAGAGCAGUAGGCUGGACAAAGGUCGAUCAGGGCGUCUUUUCACCGUAGAGGGUUCCUUCAAAGGUAUCGUAUCAGUAACAUUUCUAUUGACCAGUAAGGUA